GACAAAACCGUGGAAUCUAGUAUUUUCCUCUGACACCUUUAUAUUGUCUUCACUUCCCUAUAAUUCUGACCUAUAUUGUAGAUAAAAAUUAAUCUUCAGAGAAUUACAGACAUGAGUGCCCACGCGCUAGGCGAAAGUGCGAGGCGGAAGCACUUCAUUCCCUCUCUUCGCUAGCCGGAAGUCGCGAGGUCUGAAUGAGUCAAAGCCGGCGGCCUCGGCUCCUCAGCUCCACCUGACAGUAGGCCGCUGAUCGGCCGCGGGUCUUGUCGACCGCUAGGCCACCAGGUUCAUGUGGAGGCUCCCAGGCGCCCGCGCCGCGCUUCGGGUGAUCCGGACGGCGGUGGAGAAGCUGAGCCGGGCUGAAGCGGAGAGCCAGACAGCGGCGGGAGCGAUGGAGCGCGCUGUAGUGCGCUGUGUACCCUCGGAACCCAAGCUGAGCCUGUCAUUCGCUUUGGCUGAUGGUAGCCACAAGAACAUGCAGCGCGACCAGAGCGAGCCGCUGGGUCGAGUCCUCAGCCGCAUCGCUACCAAUGCCCUAAAGGGUCACGCUAAGGCGACCGCCGCCAAGAAGAGCAGGAAGAGCCGGCCUAAUGCGAGCGGCGGUGCGGCCUGUUCAGGGCCGGGACCCGAGCCGGCUGUGGCCUGCGAGCCCGUGGUGAAGCUGUACUACCGGGAAGAGGCAGUGGCUGAGGACGUGCUCAACGUGGAUGCCUGGCAAGACGGCGCGGUGCUGCAGAUCGGCGAUGUUAAGUACAAGGUGGAGCGCAAUCCGCCCGCCUUCACCGAACUGCAGUUGCCGCGCUACAUCAUGGCCGGGUUCCCUGUGUGCCCCAAACUCAGCCUCGAAUUUGGGGAUCCCGCCAGCUCCCUUUUCCGCUGGUAUAAGGAAGCCAAGCCCGGAGCCGCGGAGCCCGAGGUCGGUGUCCCCUCGUCAUUGUCUCCCUCCUCACCUUCUUCUUCUUGGAUUGAGACUGAUGUGGAGGAGCGCGUCUACACCCCGUCCAAUGCGGACAUCGGGCUAAGGCUCAAGCUUCACUGUACCCCAGGCGAUGGGCAGCGCUUUGGGCCCAGCCGGGAGUUGGAAAGUGUAUGUGUGGUAGAGGCUGGGCCUGGCACCUGCACUUUUGACCACCGGCAUCUCUACACGAAGAAGGUGACGGAGGACGCUCUCAUCCGCACUGUCUCUUACAACAUCCUGGCAGACACGUACGCGCAGACUGAGUUCUCGCGAACGGUUCUGUACCCAUACUGUGCCCCCUACGCCCUGGAGCUCGACUACCGCCAGAACCUUAUCCAGAAGGAACUCACCGGCUACAACGCCGAUGUCAUCUGUUUGCAGGAGGUUGACCGCGCAGUGUUUUCUGACAGCCUGGUACCCGCCUUAGAGGCCUUCGGGCUCGAGGGGGUGUUUCGAAUCAAGCAGCACGAAGGCCUGGCCACUUUCUACCGAAAGUCUAAGUUCAGCCUUCUUAGCCAGCAUGACAUUUCAUUCUACGAAGCCCUCGAGUCCGACCCACUCCACAAAGAACUGCUGGAGAAACUAGUUUUGUACCCAUCAGCGCAGGAGAAGGUGCUCCAGAGAUCUUCUGUUCUUCAGGUUUCAGUUCUUCAGUCUACAAAGGACUCUUCUAAAAGGAUAUGUGUUGCUAAUACCCACCUUUACUGGCAUCCUAAAGGUGGGUAUAUUCGCCUCAUUCAAAUGGCAGUAGCCUUGGCUCACAUUAGACAUGUUUCAUGUGAUCUGUAUCCUGGCAUACCAGUUAUAUUUUGUGGGGACUUUAAUAGUACACCAUCAACAGGAAUGUAUCAUUUUGUCAUCAAUGGCAGCAUUCCAGAGGAUCAUGAAGACUGGGCUUCCAAUGGGGAGGAGGAAAGAUGCAACAUGUCUCUUACGCAUUUCUUCAAUCUGAAAAGUGCUUGUGGUGAACCUGCUUACACAAAUUAUGUUGGUGGCUUUCAUGGAUGUCUAGAUUACAUUUUCAUUGACUUAAACGCUUUAGAGGUUGAACAGGUGAUUCCAUUACCUAGUCACGAAGAAGUUACCACCCACCAGGCCUUACCUAGUGUUUCCCAUCCCUCUGAUCACAUAGCACUUGUAUGUGAUUUAAAAUGGAAAUAGAUGUGUGUUUAAUGGAAUUGAAGUCUGAAAAGGAAGUAGUUGUUUUAGCAGAAAAUUUAAUAUGAAUCAAAGCUUAUAUGUAACCUUCAAAGAGGAAUGGUAAAAUGUUCAACCCUCAUAGUUAUGUUACCUGUCUUCGUUAUGAAACUGUUGAUAAUGUUUGCAUCAUACAUCUUCUCUUUCCUUGUUUUCCUCUACAGUUGGAGGAGAAACAAAUAUAUUUAUUACUAGCAAAAUAGAAAAUUGAAUUAUUUUUCUCCAACUUGAGACUCUCAGAAAAGGAAGAUUGAAUUAUCGUGUUUUUUGUUUGUUUGUUUUUGUUUUUUUUUGUUUUUUUUUUGAGAUGGAGUUUCACUUUUGUUGCCCAAGCUGGAGUGCAAUGGCACAAUCUCGGCUCACUGCAACCUCCGCCCCCUGGGUUUAAGCCAUUCUCCUGCCUCAGCCUCCCAAGUAGCUGAGAUUACAGGCAUGCGCCACCACACCCGGCUAAUUUUUGUGUUUUUAGUAGACAUGGGGUUUCGCCAUGUUGGCCAGGCUGGUGUCAAACUCCUGACCUCGGGUGAUCCACCCGCCUCGGCCUCCCAAAGUGUUAGGAUUACAGGCGUGAGCCACCACGCCUGGCCCUUGUGUACAUUUUUAUAAGAGAAUUUUUUUAGCUAGUAGUUCAGAAUUUUUAAAGUACCAUUUGAAUGAUCUUAAUUUUUCUUUCAUGACAACACAUUCCAAAAUGAAUCAUGCUUAUGUACUAAGUGGGAAAAUGUAUAUAAGUUAAGGGUGAGAGACUUAAGUUAUAGGUGACCUUAGAGACCUAAGGUGAGAGACUUGACACAUGGAAGGAGUAACAUUAGGGUCUACCUCUACCUCAAUUUAGUUAGCGAUUUACUACAAUUUCAGAGCUUUAACAAAAGAUAAAAAUAAAUCGUCACCAAUUGUUAUUGCUUCUCAUCUUUCAUUUUUCAAUGAACAAGUAAGGUAUUUUCAUUCUUAUUUUUAGGAUUUUAGUUUUUAGUGUAUGGUACAAAUGAACACAGUUUAUAUUCUAAUUCUUACUGCAGCUCAUUUUAAUUUUUAGGAUGCAAGCACAAUUUAGUAUUCAAAGUGAGUAGCAACAUAUUCAGCUUGAUCCCAUUGUCUUUAGUUACUCUUGCCCAUGAAAAAUGUUCAUAAAUGAACAGGGUAUUUGACCAUAUGAUAUUAGAAAAUAUAGCACAUUACUUUAUGAAAAACUACCUACUGAUAUGGGCUUGAAAUUUUGGAUGAAUCAUUGAGCAUAUCUAUGCUAGAAGUAAUUUCAAAAUUGUUGGUUUUUAUAAACAGGAAAAAAGGUGAGUAGUGGGACUUUUAAGCAUCUCGAAAUAAAAAACUAUUCUUUUUACAGACAAGCAUUAUAGUUUGAGUUACAGACAACAGUGUGUAUAUAUGUAAUAUAUAUAUAGUAAAAGGAAAUUUAAAUAUGAAGCCAAACUUUUUAAAAUUAGAAACUACAAAUGGUUAUACUGAUUAGUGUCUAGCCUAGAGUGGUAACCAGGUUUUACUAAUUCAAUUAUCAAAUACAUUAUUUAUAAUGCAUUAGCUGUAUUAGCUGUUGCUUUUUUGAUGUUCAGGAUAACUAUGUUAUCUCAUUUCUGCAUUUAAUUAAUAGCUCGAGUAGUAAAAGCCCACCCCCUUCAAGAAAAGCUUUGAUUUUCCCCAGUCAUGAAAGCCCUUGUUUCAAAUUCUUUAAUCUCUGAACCCAGUAUCAUAAGAUUUUCCUCUUUUGAUAACAUCUGUACUUUCAUAUUCUGCUCACUAUCAAAUGUAUUGUUAACUCUUAGUAAGUUUGAAAAUGAAGGGGUUUUAUCUGCACUUGACAUUGAACCUUGAAGUACUUUAAGUACUCCAAGGGAAAAAUUAAAGUGGAAGUUUCUUGGGAUCUUGUUUAGAAAAAACUAUAAAUAAAAAAUUGAUGCUACCAAA